AUGGAGGUGAGGGUCGGGGAAAGACUCUUGUGCCUGGCCGUGCUGUCCAGCGUCCUCUGCGUGGACUCAGUCUUCGGGAAAUACGUCAAAGGCAUCGUCAACACCCAAGAGGACUGGGUUUUUCUCACUCGCUUCUGCUUUCUCACUGAAUUUGGACGUCUGGACUUCCGGUUUCGUUAUCCAAAGUCUCGCUGCUGUCAGAACAUAUUGCUGUACUUUGAUGACAGUUCUCAGUGGCCAGCUGUGUACAAGAGGCCUGAAAAGAACUGCUACCAGAAGGAAGCGGUGCUGAGGCCUGAGAACAACCAAGUCAUUAACCUCACCACACGUUACACCUGGUCAGGAUGCGUGGUGGAGGGAGAUGGGAACGAGGAAGUUCUGAGCUGCGUGGGUGGCCGCAGUUUCCGCUCGGUGAGGGAGAGAUGGUGGUACAUCGCUCUCAGCAAGUGUGGGGGUGAGGGCUUGCAACUGGAGUAUGAGAUGAAACUGAGCAACGGCCAGUCUUUCUGGACACAGCAUUUCUCUGCAGACGAGUUUGGAAUCCUGGAGACGGACAUCACGUUCCUGGUAAUCUUCUUCAUGGUGUUCCUGCUCUCCUGCUACUUUGCCUACAAUCUGAAGGGAAGACAGCUUCUUCACACAACCUACAAAAUGUUUAUGACGGCGGCAGGUGUGGAGGUGCUCAGCCUGUUGUUCCAUUGUAUCUACUGGGGCCUGUAUGCGAGAGAUGGAGUUGGCAACGGCAGCUUGAAAAUACUCGGGAAAUUACUGUUCUCCGUCAGUUUCCUGGUGUUCCUUCUGAUGCUGAUAUUGUUGGGCAAAGGUUUCACUGUCACCAGGGCGAGGAUCAGUCACAGCGGGUCGGUUAAGUUGAGCAUCUACAUGACAGUCUACACAAUCACCUACAUCAUCCUCUUCAUCUACGAGGCUGAGUUCUUUGACCCAGGUGAAGUGCUGUACGCCUACGACAGCCCUGCAGGGUAUGGACUAAUGGGACUACAGCUGCUGGCCUACGUGUGGUUCUGCUAUGCCGUGCUGGUCUCUCUGAAACACUACCCUGAGAAGCAACCCUUCUACAUCCCUUUCUUCACCACGUACACACUAUGGUUCUUCGCAGUACCAGUUAUGGCCCUGAUCGCCAACUUUGGCAUUCCUCGUUGGGCUCGGGAGAAGAUCGUCAACGGCAUUCAGCUCGGCAUCCACCUCUACGCUCACAUCGUCUUCCUUGUUAUCACACGACCUUCAGCAGCCAAUAAGAACUUCCCGUACCAUGUUCGGACGUCCCAGAUUGGGAUCCUACUGUCCAGUCCGAAAGUGGAAGAGGGGGGCGAGAGCUUUCCACAUCAUGCCUAUGGAAAUAGCUCCUUCCUCGGAGACUCUCAACCUAACUUCACUGAACUCUCCUCCAUUGAAUCAGAGCCGGUAAAGACGGUGGAGGAGACGGUGGCCCGGAAAGGACCAGAGGUGCCGAGGAACAGCGAGCAGAAGAUCAUCACCACUGCCGCUGACUUGACAUCAAUAUUGCCCCCACCUCCGCCUCCGAUACCCCCCUGCCGCUCUGCACGCUCGCCCACUGUGCCGCCUAUGCUUCCGUCCUUCACCGAGUAUUUCAGCAUGCAGAGUGGAGGAGGAGGAGGGUUCGGAUCAAAGGCAUGA